AAUGAAUUUUGUGUGUUUACUGAAAAGUCGUUUUAAGCAACCGAAAUCGCGUUUCCAUAUGGAGAAACCCUAAACCCUGGACUCCCCUGCUUCGUUUUCAAGUUCAUGCGAUUGUUCAAAAAUUGACAUAAAAAUCUUCACCGCUUUUUGUCAAAGCGUGAGCUAUGGCUCGGAGAAAUCCGGUUACAUCGGCGGCUAAAGAACGGAAGCCGGAAGAAAAGCGGCAAAGCAAUGCCGAACGAUCGGCUUACUUCGCUCGGAGAGAAGCCGCUAAGGUCUUGCGCAGCAUGCUCCAGGGGGACGCUCGGCGCCGAGCCGUCGGCUCGAUUAAGUCGCUUGUUUACAGCCCUUCCAUCAGGAACAAGAAGGCUACUUUUGCCUUGGUCUGCCAAACUCUCAAGCAUCUCUCACUUAUUAAGGAUGUCAUGGACGGUGCAAAUGUUCUAAGUGCCAAGUGGAAGAAGCAGAAAGAAUUAAUGUAUAUCAUCACAUAUGACUUACUCUUUGGACAGAAAGGUUCAUUUACUGGUGAUGCCGAGAAGUAUCUCAUGCUAAAAAAAGAUGCAUUACAAUCAGCUCUAUCACGGAUUUUAAGGCGCAAGGGGGUGAAAGAUGUAGAAGACUUGGUGGCUCUUGAUAAAGUUUCUGAAUUGCAGAAACCUCGUUAUGUUCGUGUGAAUACUCUGAAGAUAGAUACGGAGUUUGCCAUACGCGAAUUAAGACAACAAUAUGCCGUCCAAAAGGAUGACAUAGUCCCAGACCUAUUGAUUCUCCCACCAGGUGCUGAUUUACACAAUCAUCCCCUAGUGAUGAAUGGAAGUAUUUUCUUGCAGGGAAAGGCAAGCUCUAUGGCUGCUGUAGCUCUUGGACCCAAACCUGGAUGGGAGGUCAUUGAUGCCUGUUCAGCUCCUGGGAACAAAACAGUGCACCUUGCUGCUCUUAUGAAGGGCGAGGGAAAAAUUUUAGCUUGUGAACUUAACAAGGAAAGGGUUAAGCGCUUGAAAGAUAAUGUCAAACUGGCUGGAGCCACAAAUGUAAAAGUUAUGCAUGAAGAUUUCUUAAAUCUCGAUCCUAGACAUCCUUCUUAUUCAAAGGUUCGUGCUAUACUUUUAGAUCCAUCAUGUUCCGGAUCAGGGACAGCUUUUGAGAGAUUAGAUCAUUUACUUCCAUCACAUAAUGCAGGUGGGACUGAUCUGGUUGACAUAAAGCGACUGCGAAAGCUUGCAAGUUUUCAGAAGAAGGUGCUGGAACACGCGUUAUCUUUCCCAGCAGUGGAGAGAAUCGUUUACAGCACGUGUUCAAUUCAUCAGAUUGAAAAUGAAGAUCUCGUCAACUCUGUUCUGCCUAUAGCUUCAUCCUAUGGGUUUCAACUGGCAACAACAUUUCCGCAGUGGCCUCGCCGUGGCCUCCCAACGUUUGAUGGGGCUGAACACUUGUUAAGGACGGAUUUGACCAUAGACAAAGAAGGUUUCUUCAUCGCUCUGUUCGUCCGGGAAGGCAUUCAUCAGCCUGAAGACUGUAGCAAAAAUGCAGAAAACCAUGCAGGCAGUGUCACUAGGAAAAGCUCCUGUAGGACUAGAAAACCUUUGAACAUUUUUAUUGCCAAAAUGCUUAAAGUUUCGCCUCACCAACAAUUCACACUCUGGCGAAAGAGAGCACAGGCACCAGCAACCUAAGGCGUCUAAAUUUUCCCAGACUUUUUUACCCAGUUGUAUGCAAAUUUCUAACUGCAGAAUGUGAUUUUCAGUAUGUAGCAACACACUGUAUUACUCGAAAAAUAGAAAUGAGCAACAGGAAAGCACACGUUCAUAAUUCA